AUGUUUUUCCUGGCGUUUCUCGAUUUUCUUAUCCAAGUCGUCUUCUACAUACUUUAUGCCCUAAUCUACAAGCGAGCUGAUGGUAACGGUAUAGCAGACUUCUUGGUACCGUAUGCUUCCGAUGUGAUCACCUUCUCGAACGCUUAUCUGCUUAUGUUACUCAACAAGAAGAUACGACGACGAGUGUUAUCACUAGUCAAAUGUCGAGGUACUGCUGCUUUCUAA